AUGAGUGACCCUCCGAGCGUUCGCUGGUCUCCAUUCUCCAACUCCACACCUCCAUUGGCGCGCUCCACCUCGCCUCGACCUUACGGUGCAAGGGAGCGGGCAACAAUGGCGCCCGUCUCCUUCCUCGAGCUCUCGCUCUCCUUGCUCUGCUUCCUCGUCUUCUACUACUUCCACGCCAGGUCCAAGCGCAAGAACCCGGUGAUCCCGCUGGAGUGGCCGCUGGUGGGCAUGCUCCCGGCGCUCCUCGCCAACCUCCCGCGCCUCCACGACUGGGUCACCUCGUUGGUCACCGCCAGCCCGCUCAACUUCCGCUUCGUCGGCCCGCCGCGCUCGGGCAUGGAGCUCUUCCUCACCUCCGAUCCGGCCAACGUACGCCACGUUUUCACCUCCAAUUUCGCCAACUACCCCAAGGGCCCCGAGUUCGCCGAGAUCAUGGACAUCCUCGGCGGCGGCAUCUUCAACGCCGACGGCGACUCCUGGCGCCGCCAGCGCGCGAAGGCGCAGCUUCUCAUGUCCAGUCCAAGGUUCCGGGCCUUUGUGACACGGUGCAGCCGCCGCAAGGUCGAGCGCGACCUGCUCCCGCUGCUCGCCCACGUCGCCGGCGGCGGCACCGGCGUGUGCGACCUGCAGGACGUGUUCCUCAGGCUGACGUUCGACACGACGACCACGCUGGUGUUCGGCGUCGACCCGGGCUGCCUGGCCAUCGGGUUCCCGGAGGUGCCGUUCGCGCGCGCCAUGGACGAUGCCAUGGACGUGCUCCUCGUCCGCAACGUGCUCCCUCCGUCCUGGUGGAAGCUGGUGCGGUGGCUCGGGGUCGGGCACGAGCGGAAGAUGGCCGUCGCGUGGCGCGACAUCGACCGGUUCAUCGGCGACACGAUCGCCAAGCGGCGGGAGGUGGUGAAGGCAAGAGGCGGCAUCGAGGACUCGGCGGACCUGCUCUCCUCCUACAUCGACGACGACGAAGAUGCUAGCACGGUCGUCGACGCCUUCCUCCGCGACACGACCAUGAACCUCAUGCUCGCCGGCCGGGACACGACCGGCUCGGGCCUCUCCUGGUUCUUCUACCUCCUCACGAGGAACCCACGCGUGGUGUCCAAGAUCCUCGCAGAGCUCGACACGGUCAACUCCACCACCACCCCGGACGGCAUGGUGACCUACGACCCGGACGAGCUGGGGCGGCUGGUGUACCUGCACGCGGCGCUGUGCGAGUCGCUCCGGCUGUACCCGCCGGUGCCGAUGGAGCACAAGGGCGUGGUGGCCGCGGAGGCGCUGCCGAGCGGGCACGAGGUGCGGCCGGGGGACAAGAUCAUGGUGUCGCUGUACGCGAUGGGGAGGAUGGAGGCGGUGUGGGGCAAGGACUGCCGGGAGUUCCGGCCGGAGCGGUGGAUCGGGGAGGACGGCAAGCCGCGGUACGUGCCGUCGUACAAGUUCGUGUCCUUCAACUCCGGGCCGCGGACAUGCCUCGGCAAGGACAUGGCGUUCGUGCAGCUCAAGGCGGUGGCGGCCGCCGUGGUGAGGAACUUCGAGGUGGAGGCCGUGCCCGGACACAUCGUGGAGCCCAAGAUCUCCAUCAUCCUCCACAUGAAGAACGGCUUCAAGGCCAGGAUCAAGAGGAGGAAGAUGCUUUGA